GGUGGUGAUGGCGAAGAAACGAGGGAGGAUUGGAAGGUGGCGGACAGGGAACAGACUGGGCUUAGGCUGGAUGCCCAUGGGGAAUUGAAAGGAAGGUACGGACUACAUACGUACAUACAUAGAGCGAGAGAGCCAUCGGAGACAACCUCGCUUUGCGUACAGACUGAGGAUCAUGAGGAUGAUGACGAUGGUGAUCUUGGGCGAAUGUUCUUGUCUCCCGUGGAAAAGAUCGCUCCGAGGUGGGGCGAGGUGGAAAUCUAUGCAGUGUUUCCGCCGCUCCCAUACUGAGAGCAACAACCACCACCACUGAGCUUGAGGUCAGGUUCAGUGAAAAAAGUACCACCUUCAAGACAAAACGGGACCACAGUCGAUCCGAACGAUCCCAACUGAAAGCAGCCCGAGGCGCUUUGGAAUCUUGUCCGUUUAUUUAAAGUGAUUCAUCAGUAUUCGAUUUCCCCAUCAUGCCCAAGGCACUCCUCUUCAAGUAUAAGGAGCGACAUCUCAUGAGCGCAGAUCUGGCUAAGGUGAGCGAGCCGCUGAAUAAGCCAUCCCCAACGUUGGACAAUAAUGCCAAUUCCAACAACUCGUUGCAAAUGUUUGCUGAAAUUGUGACUCGGCUCAGUCAGAAGCAAACCAAUAUUGGGCAGUUCCUCUCGGCUUUGAUGGUCCAAAAUUAUGCAGCUGCCGCUGCUACUGCCGUUUCUCACCAAAGUCCACCCUUGGGUGUUGUUCCGGAAUCAUUUCCUCUGGUUUGCUCAUCCAUGGACUCACUCUCUGUGUCAUCCUCACCGCCGUUGUCUGAGAUUGGUUUAUCGCCCUCAAAAAGUCAUCACGCAUCUCCCCAUCAUUUCAAGCCCAGGCUCUCUAAUUCCAUGGGAGUCUUGGACCUUCAGACCCGAUCGAUUCUGGGCGGGAGGUUUGGUCCGGAGCAAACCGUGCCAGAGGAUCUCCGAGUGGUUUCCAGGAAAUUGGAUUUCACGCCUCAAAGUGAAGGCGACGAGACAGCGUCGGUCAGUGGUACCAGUAGCGUUAGUGGGGGGCAAUUGGAAAUCGUGGACGGCAAUAAGUCGUAUGGCUGUCGAGAUUGUGGGAAAUCUUACAGUACUUCCAGCAAUUUGGCUCGCCAUCGUCAAACUCACCGGUCUCUCCAGGAUAAAAAGGCUCGGAAAUGUCCCCAUUGUGACAAGACGUACGUGUCUAUGCCAGCCUUUUCCAUGCAUUUACGCACACACAACCAAGGCUGUCGGUGUGAUUUCUGCGGCAAAACUUUUUCUCGACCUUGGUUGCUUCAAGGACACAUUCGCACUCAUACAGGUGAGAAGCCAUUCUCGUGUCAUAUUUGCGAAAAGGCCUUCGCCGACAAGUCCAAUUUGAGGGCCCAUGUUCAAACGCACUCCAACGCCAAGCCCUUCGUGUGCCAACGAUGCGACAAAGCGUUUGCCCUCAAGUCCUACUUGUAUAAACAUGAGGAAUCUUCGUGCAUGAGGGCCUUUAGACAUGUCUUAAAAGAGACGAGGAAGAGGGCACGGGAACAACCCUUUAACGGCAAUGAAACAUCGCACCCGGACUAUCAGGAUGGCGACUCAAGCCAUUCACCUGCUCCCAACGCAUUUACUAUUUAACCCACGGAUCAAUGCCAAACUCAGACAAUUACUUGGAACUCCUUAUACCAUUGCCAUUGUAAAUGUCCAUGAACUCUGAUUGUACUAUAUUUUUGUAGCUAUCUAAUUUCUACCAUGUAAAGAAACCAUUUAUUUUUUGUGCUGAAUCUCCAGGUGCUAUCUAUUACUGACACACUUAUCCCUGCCUCAAAACUGAGGCUGAAAUGUGUUCCAAUAAAAGUCAAAUA